AAAUAUAGAUACUAAUAUUUUAUCUUAAAUUAUUAGAUCAAAUAAGUAAAAUUUAUAAAUAACGAGAGGGCAUUGCGAGAUUAUUCUUUUGCUGAUUUUUUUCCCACACAAAGUUAUCAAAAUAUGAUGGAGGCUGUUGCCGUUGAAACAGUUUGCUAAACAUCUUUGAAGUGAUAUUGUGUAUCGGUGUGUACUGGGUCCAGGUGUGACACACGCUAGGCUGGGCUAGUUGAGAUGUGGCUUCAGUAACAUAUGCCGGACAUGUAAGCUUAGUCAUGGACACAUGUAGGUCUAUGACUCAUCCUUCAUGUAUGUAGCCAAAACAAACAUUAACUCGGCCAUUAGAAGAAAGAGUCUAAAUCAAUCACUGGCGCAUUCUUAAUUUAGUCUUGUGUACGCUUCUAUAAUCGCGAGAUUUUAUCGCCAUUUGAAAAAGGACAGAUAGAACAGGUAUAUGAAUUAGUUCUACUAAGGGGAGGAGAGGAGUGUCGCUCUAGAUUUGAACCACUUUACUAAAAAAGUUUCGGUCUCUCCCAACUUGUGGCCCCACUCCACCCGGAUAUGCCCUGAAUGAAAGGGCGUUAGGGCAUGUUAGGUUUGUCCAGGUCAUGUAAGUCAAUUUGACGAGCAGGGGAACUAGAGUAUAUGUAUCUUAGCCCUGGAAGACCCAGUGGGUCACGGGUGACCCAUAACCCAAAACUACGUUUAAGUAAAUGUCUACUUCAUUUUUUAUGUAAUUUUUACCAUCAAUACCCAGUGGCCCAUCUAUGGAACACAGGGGAAACAACUAUUAUGUUAAAUUUUUCUUAUUACUGAAUAAUAUCCCUUUUGCAUAUGGCUACCUCCAUGUGAAGUUGGGAACUCAGAUUUCGACUGAAAAAAAUAUUUAAUUACUGCUUUAUACAAGAAUAUACAAUGUCAGCUUCACUCCCUAAGAAAUUCACUGCUCAAGAAGUGCUAGAUAUUUUAGAAGUCAUUGAUUACAAUGAAAGUGAUUUGGAAAAUGAUUCAACUGAUGAUGAGGACUAUGAACCAGAACCUGAUAAGGAAACAGGAACGCAAGACCUCAGUUCUUCUGAAUCCUCUUCCGAUGAAGAAGUGACAGAACCCUUGCCAUCUACUUCUAGUGCCUCUGCUAGAAAUAAGAAAAAGAAAGUCUAUGAGUGGACAAAAGAUAAUUUCAAUCCACCAGACUCAGUUUUCCGGGGCAAAGUUCUAGAGCUUCCUGAAAACUAUGAAGUUCAGUCACCAAUGCAUUAUUUCAAAAACUUUCUUACGGAUGACAUGCUAGAGUUGAUUGUUAAAUUUACAAAUGAGUACAGUGUUGAAAAGAGUGGAAAAAAUAUUGACACCAAUAAGAAAGAAAUAGAGCAAAUCAUAGGCAUGUUUCUGAGAAUGGGCCUAGCCAAGAUGCCCGGUGUCAAGUGUUACUGGGAAACAGACACUCGUUAUGAUCCAGUUGCUGGAGUAAUGAGUCGGAAUAGGUUUCAGUCACUCCUUUCAAAUUUGCACUUUGUUAAUAACAAUUUAGCUACAAAUGAAGAGAAAUCGGACAAGCUUUGGAAGAUACGCCCUUGGCUCAAACUGUUUAGAAAUAAUUGUUUAAAAGUUAUUGCUCAUGAAAAUAACAGCAUUGACGAAAUGAUGAUUCCCUUUAAAGGAAAGUUCAGCAAACUUAAGCAGUUUAUAAAGGGAAAGCCCCAUCCUUGGGGAAUAAAAGUGUGGGCUAGAACCUCGUCAGCAGGUAUGCUAUGUGAUUUUGAUGUUUACCAAGGCAAGAAGGAUAAAAAGGAUGCUGAUUCUAUUGGUGUUGGUCCUGAUGUAGUACUUCAGCUUAGUUCUACAUUGCCACAGAAUGAGCCGGAUAAGCCAUCACUAAAUUACAAAAUAUUUGCGGACAAUUUCUUCACAACUUUGCCUCUCUUGGAAGAUCUGCAGAAAAAAGGCAUUCACUAUACUGGCACAGUUAGACCCAAUCGUCUUCCUGGCAUUUUACUUGAUUCCGAGAAAAAUAUGAAGAAAAAAGGUCGUGGCACAAUGGAUCAAUGUGUUGAAAAGUCUACCAACAUAGUAGCUGUCCGUUGGUAUGACACAAAAGCUGUCAAUAUGCUCUCAACUUUGAGUGGUGUCGAACCAAGCAAAACUGUCAACAGAUUUGAAAAAGCUAAGUCAGCCUAUGUUCAGGUCCAGCAGCCUGCUGUGAUAAAACUUUAUAAUGAAAGCAUGGGAGGCGUAGAUCUUCACAACUGUUUCAUUGCCAAGCAUUCAUUUCACAUUAGAUCAAAGCGUUGGUAUUUGUACAUAUUUUGGCAGACCAUACGCAUGAUGUUUGUGAAUGCUUGGCUCUCUUAUCGUCAGGCAUGUCAGCUCAUAGGGAUGUCUAAAAAAGAUGUGUUGAACCAACGCAACUUCCAAACAAAACUGGCAUCCCUUUUGAUCAAUUUACAUGCGCAUACACAAAAAAAACGAGGAAGACCAUCUUUAGAAGGUGCAACUGCAAGCCCAUCAAGAAAGAAAUCUGCCUUGAGACCUAUGCCUGAACCAGAAGUCAGAACCGAUGGCUUUUUCCACUUCCCAAUAAAAACGGAAGAUCGCCAGCGCUGCAAGUUGUGUAGCAUGAAGACAAACAACAUUUGCGAGAAGUGCAAAGUAUAUCUGUGUUAUACAGAGCAAAGAAAUUGUUUUAGAAGUUUUCAUGUUUCUUAAAUAAAAUUUUCUAACAUGCUAAAUAUAUUUUUUUUAUUUUCAUGAAAAUAUAAUAAUUAAUACCAACAUAACCCAGUGGGUCACCUGUGGAACAAAUUGAAAAAGUAGGUCAAGGUCACGUGACGUUAAAAAUUAAUGUUGAUAUUGAAUUAUCAACAUAUUGUAUAUAUGUAUACCAAAGGAAAUAAUUUUAGAACCUCUGUAAGAUAAUGUGGGACUUCCAGGGUUAAAUCUGAAGACCAUAAGACUCUGCCCCACCAUAGACUAUAUAUAGUCUUUGGCCCCACAGACCAAGAGGCAAAAUUAAACAAUUUGUUUUAGAGAGUUCGCAAUCCAUGUCAAAACAUUUGCUGUAAAGAGUUUACUCUUCCAUUAGAAAAGAUCACUAAAUAGUUUGAUUAUAAUUUCAAAUCAAAUUAACAAUUCUUAAUAUUGAAACAGAUGAGAUAAAGCUUGUGUGUGAGUGUGUAUGUUUAACGAUGACUGUGUUUUUAUCUGGGUGUGUGGUAGGUCAGGGCCGGCCUUAGAUAAUCGGAGGCCCUAGGCGAAGUGAAUUGGUUGACCCCAAAUGAAAUGGAAAAAUAAAUUAAAAAGCGAAAAAAAAAUAAAGUUACGCAAUAUAUUGAAAACCUAUUAUACUCCAACAAUAACAUUGAGGAUAAGAUGAAGCUAUUUCUUCUCUGAAAAAAUAUGAUUGAAAAAAGUAUGAGUAUGCAAUGACCCAAGGCGACUGCCUAGUUUGCCUAUGCCUAAGCUUAAGGCCGCCCCUGGCUAAGUGCUCCGAUUCCAUGCUACAAAGCUUUUUGUGGAUUUUAGUCUAAAUACUAAGAACCUAGUUUCUACCGCAUGUGCCAGGAUGUCUGGGAUUGUUUGUUUGUGUGUGGGUGCGUGGGUGUGUGUAUGUUGAAAAUGUUCAUAAGUUGAUUUGUUUUGGUUGAGUCACGUGGCCCGGUGUAAUGUUGUAAUGUCAAUAUGACCUACGCUUUUGAUCAAAGUCGCAGUGACAUGGCAAAGCUGUUCUGGCCCCCAUAUUCUAAUCGUUCAAACAGGAGAGCUCUCUGUCAAUGUUUUAACAAACAUGACGCAAUGACACAAUCUCUUGGAAUGACUUCUCAAAGGUCAAAGUGCAAGGAAACACUGAUUAAAUUAUUGUUUUUAAAUCCAUUUAUUAUACACAGGAUGGGGGCAUUAAGAUCUCCCACAUUUUGAAUGAAUCUACCAAAAGAACUAUCUAGAAAAAAAAAUGCUUACAUUUCUGAAAACAACAACAGUAUGUUUUAAUGGGUUUUAAAAAUCAUUUUUCGGUGUGGUACAGACGCAUUUCGACUGAGCUCAAAGCGUCGCUAUUACAUAUAGUUUUGUUUUUCAGAGUAUAUCUUGAACAAAGCCACAAGUUUCACCAUUUCAGUUUAGGAUGGGUUCUAAAAAGAAUAAUUGCAAAUGGUAGAGCCUAGCGUACCGAAUGAAAUUUGUGCUGCCUCUCUGCUUCAACUACAGCAGCGGUUCUCAACCUUUUAAUUUCGGUGACCCCUUUUUACAAUCCCCCAAUCUGCCGCGACCCCCAUUCACCCCC